AUGGAUGACGAGAGAGAAUUGAAGGAUCGGCGCUAUUCGCUCUACUUCCUCCUCAACAGCGACGAGGAGCAACUACCGCUCGAUUCGUGCCGGUGCGGAGACCUCGCCUCAUCCUCAUUUCCCUCUUCUCCUGUAUACUCGUGGUCAUCGUCUUCGCCGGCCUCCCGAUCUCAAAGCGUGUCACCCACUCCGACGACGGCUGCGUCCACCUCCACGACGGCCUUUGCUCCUCCGCGGAGCUGCUUCCAGCAGGACUGGGGCUCGUCGCAGCCCUACUACUACCACACGUACCAGUCUGGCGGCACCUCGACGGUCGAUGAAGUGGUGACCCAGCCUUGCAGGGACAAGAGCCUGCUCCAGUUCAAAGAGAAGAUCGAGUCUGCUCUCAAGUCACAACAUCAUCACCGUCGCACCCAAGAAAGCUCCUCGCCUUCCCCCAACAACAACAACGUGAACGACAACGCUGAGCGACCUCGACCAUCGGCAUCGUCAUCACGUCGCUCGCGUCAGCGCUCACCCUCCACCUCCUCCGCCAUACCACCCGCCUACUCCCUCAGCUCACCGACUGCAUUGCCCCACUUGCCGGGCCAGUCGUCCUUCCUCUACUGCAGGAAGAAGAUCACUCGCAAGCAGUCCAAGAAGCGACUGACGCCCGAGCGGCGCACCGUGUUCUACAACUGCCGAGUGUUCGAAGACGGUCGCCAGCUCCACUACACGCGGGACAACAAGCUCCUCCUCGUCGUCAUCCAGCUCGAGGACCACCACUGA